AUGCAGAUUGGUACUACUGAGGAUGAGUUACUUAAUUAAUCAAUUAGUGUCUGUCUACAUUUAAUCGGGCAAAGGAAUUUCUUUCUAUCUCUCCCAAUAAUCCGGAAACUCGAGUGAGAAAAAAUGCGUUUUUUGUUUCUCGUCAUUUUGGGAUUUCAGACAAUAAGUUCCGGGUUUGCGAAAAAAUCGCUUCUUUCCUCAGAGAAGAACAAAGAUAAAGGCGACCCUGGUGUGCUACUCGCUGAAAGCGGAAAGGUUCGCCCUGGCAGAGAUACAUAUCGAUAUUAUGGAACAGGAAGUAAAGGUAGUUCCAGCUCACUUUUGCCCACAUCCCCAUCGAAAGGUCAUUUUUACUCGAGUGAUGCGUACGGCUAUGGGACCCCCAUGAAACAAGUUGGCAGUGGUGGUCUAAAGAAGGGAGCUUCAAUUCAAGAUUAUCUCCAAUUGGUCGACGCCAUUGAAGAACUCCCCCCAGAUUUUGGAGAAAUGGCAGCUGCGAGUGGAUAUGGCAGCGGUGGUGGUGGUGGUUAUGGUCAUGGGCAUUCAGGGAAAGGGUGCAACAAUGCAUUGGGGUUAUUGGGUGUGCUGGGCUUGGCUGCCUACUUGCAGAAUAUUCUCAAUCAAAUGGCCGCACAAGCAGCCAACAACCAAACCAGAAUUCGUAUAGGACGGUCAGUUAGUGAAACUGAAAGUGAUAACGCUCAUCCAGACCUUGUAACCACUACUGAUGCCUUAAACCCCAAUAUUGUCGCAAAGCUUUUCCCAGUGUUGUCCGUUGUGGCACAUGCGAGAGAUAAGCUUAUCCCGGUUAAUUGCACGUUUCGAGCAAUCUGUGGAGCCAACAAGAUGCUAGUGGACAAGUUUGGAGAUGUUGGACGAUCUGUUGCUGCACUGAUAAGCACUGAAAUGGGGAAAAUGCUAAUUAAUUCAGAACCAAGGCGAGGUCCUAUCACUUUAAAAAGAGUAAACAAAGUUGCUCAGUUGGGGAGGAGUGGUUUUCCAUGUGACAUCCUCUUUAAAGACUGCGAGGCAUUAUCCUUCCUUCCAAGAUAUGUUUUACCACCAUCUGGAGGAUACAUUCCUGUGGACCAUCCACUACUUCGAAAAUCCGGAGUGGUCGAUUUAUUAGGCCCACUGCAAUACCCCAUUCAUUCAAGGGGUCCACCCCCGAAAUCGUUUUUAUUUUCUGACCAGAACACCAACGAAACAAUUUACAAAAGAAUAGAUGACAAUCAUAACGACUUGGUCCGGGGUCAGUAGUACAUCAUAUUUAAUUAUUUACUUAAUAAUACUAUAUGCUAGUAAUUAGUGUGUAAGUCUUUUUACAAAUAAAGUAUAAAUUUAUUUUCCUCUGUCCACA